AUGUGUCGCAACCAGCAGUGCAUAAAUAUUUAUCUUAAUGAUGUUAAUUUGCUCAUUGAUGAUAUGCAACAUAACUCAAUGACUGGAGGUACUGAUUUGGGUAGUGUUGAAAUUUCCGCAAACAUGAAUGUUAGGGUAGAAAAUGUUGAAAAGUCUAUAAAUGUGAAUGAUGCUUCUCAUGUUCAGAAUGAUACUGAAAUGUGGAAUGGUAAUGAAGUAGGGUAUUCUGAUAACUAUGGUGGUUUGUUGUUAAGUGGAUCUAGUACACAAGUUACUGUCACUGGAGGUCUCGAAAACCCUAUUCCAGUUGAGGCGAUUGUGAUGCAUGAGAAUGAUAGCACAUGUGAUGUAAACAUUGUUGAUGCUGGUGUGAAUUCUUUUCUUGAUGUCUCUCAAGUGAAUCUGAAGGCUAAGAGAAAAAGGAGGAUAACAAGAAAUAUCAAAGAAGAAAUUCAGUCUCUUAAAAUGAGUCAAAGGAAAGCAAAUGGUGGAACUUCUAGAACUAUAAAAGAUUGUCCACAAACAAAUGGUGAAACAGAUGAUGAAAAUAUUAGUGAUUGGAAUGAUUCAGACGACGAUUUUGAUGAUGAUCCUUUCAAUGGGUGUUUGAACAAGACAGCAUUUCAGUUACAUGAGGGGGGAAAAUUUGAAAUUGUGAAAGAUAUGCUAUUUGAGAGUGUAGAAGCUUAUAGGAAAGUCUUAUAUGAGUAUUCCAUUAUGUGGGGAUUCAUUAUUAUUGAGUACAAAACUGAUGCCACCAGAGUUAUAGCAUAUUGUGAUGUGAUGGCUGAGAAAAUAGUGGAUUUAGUCAGGGCUGAUCGAAAUGUGAAACUUGAUAAUCUAAGAGAUGCUUUGAUAAAAUUGGGAGCGCACCCUUCAAAUAAGAAACUCUGUAGGGCAAGAAUGUUGGUAGCUGAGAUGUUAGAUGGAAGCCAUGGCGACUCUUGGAAAUUGCUCCCUAAAUACUUUGAGAUGGUGAAACAAAGUAACCCAGGGAUGGUGGCAAAGAUAGAAUAUUCAAUGGCCCCUGGUAAGGACAUUCCUAAUAUUAUGAGAGCCUUUAUAGGGUUUAAGCCACUGGCAAAUGGAAAUGGAGGUGUUGCUAGAAAUUGUUUUAGUGGAAGUGGAAGUAAUGCUCCUAGAAUUGGUGGUGGUGAAAGUAGUGUUGGUGGAAGUAGUGCUACUGAACAAAAUGGAGCAACUACAUUUGCUACUGGUGGUUCAAGCCAAGCAAAUAUUGCUACUCAAUCAAGCCAGGCAUGCAUUCUAACUCAAUCUAUACAAGGAUCCAAUGCCUCAGAUCAGAGUACUAAUCCAAGCCAAGUUGUCAUUCCAACAACCCGAAGAUUUGAAAAAAUCAAAAGAAAAAAGACUGUCACUAAUACCCAGAGGGGUCAAAUGGUAGACAUACAACUUCUUUGUGAAGCUGAUCAGUAUGGAUUAAGAAAGCUACUAAAUGAAACUCUUAAGCAGUUGGGGGAAAAAACCGAAAAAGUUCAGCAAAAAGAUGAUGACAAUGAGUUGCUAGAUGAUCAAAUAAUGCAAAAUACUAUGCCAAUGAGAGGGAACAAACAAACUCAAGCACCAGCCCUCGAAAACAAGAAUGUAAAGUACCAGGAGGUUAGUAAUUCUGUGAGUGUUGAAAGGAUGUUUGGAAGUGCAAGGGCAUCAACAUUGCUUGGCGGUGAAUUGUCAGGCAGAUUUGUGUCAUCAUUCUAUUACACAAUUAGUUGUUCCGAGGAAUUCUGUUUCAAAUUAAGCUCCAUAUGCUUCCCUCCCGUCAAGCCUUCUAGUGAUUCUUCUUCUGGUUUCUCGAGAAGUAGCUCCAGAUUCAAAAUAGAUCAGAACAAUCCAAUCCACAAAAUUAUGGCGAGUACAAGCACGGUAAAGCUUACCUGGGUUGUCGACGGAACUCGAAAUCCUAAUGUUGCAAGUUUCCCCACAUUUGUUGCAAUUAAGCUUAUUCUCCUCGGCUGCGGUGGUGCGGCGUGUGCGAAGGCAAGGAAGCAAGGUGUUGGUGAAGCUGCCGGCUUGGUUUUGUUGAUGCUGCUGCUGCUGGCUGCGUUGGUGGAGAUGGAGGAUGGUGAUAAUGGCUUCGGUGGUCAGAUGGUGGCUGGUGCGCGCGGUGGUGAAGAGGAAGGCGGAGAAGAGGAAGAAAGCGGAGAAGAGGAAGAAGGUGAUGAUGGCGGUCGAUGGUGA